ACACACUUAAAGACAAAUGUUAUACAAGGUAGUAUAUAUGUAAAAUGUAAAUUUCUAGAUAAAUCAAGGAGGAUAUUUUGGUCAUUAUACCAAAAGGGCAUGGGCAAGGAUAUCCAAUCACAAUUGCUUAACAAAUAAGCAAUAAAAAAAAAUGGCAUGCCUAGAGUUCCCAUGUAAGAGAUAACAACAAUACAAUCGUUUUCAGAAUUCAGCCAAAAACAAAGGGCCCCAAACCCCCCCAUAUAUGAGUGCUGGUCAGCAUCAGCCUGCUUCCUUCUCAGCCUUAUUUCAAAUUUGUUUGAAGCGGAGGCCACCCACUGAACCCAAAAUAAUGCCAAGCAAAGAAGAAUCAAUGGUUGUUGGGGAAUGAAGAAUUCCUUUUCUCUGUAGUUGGGAUUGUUUUUCCAUCCCCCCAAACAAACCUCAAGGGAAGCUGGUAAAUUACUUUCCUUCCCAGAGUUAGAAAUUGAGUUCCCUGUCUUGAAAGGAAGAGAACCCACUUCAAUCCUCAUCUCCUACUGUUCCUGCCUCUGGUUUUCCUUUGAAGAUGGUUCAGAGAACGGUAUCCAGCAAGCAUGGAAUCCAAGCAGAUGGUGUUAAACCCGAGAAGCGGUCAGCGAGCCUGAAACCAUCUUUGCAGAACCAGGAUGGCAAGAACAAAGGAAGCAAUGAGUUGAAGAAGAAAAUGAAGAAAUCAAGAUCAAUGAAGCUUUCAGAUUUUGAGAGCUUAAAAGCAUCACCUUUGAGAAGGGAAGUGCCACAGCUUGGAGAGCCGCCGCCGCCGCCACCGCCGCCGCCACGGGGUGUUCCAACCGCUGCAGCAAUCCAACAGAAACAACAUGGGAACACCAGUGCAGCUGCAACCCCACAGAAGCAAUCUCUGAUCAGAAAUUCAGAUGGGUCACCCAAUUAUAUGAAGUCCACAAGCAGUUCUGAUGCAAGGAAGGAGCGCUCACCGGUGAGUAACCGAAAUACACCAACUAGCUCAGAUAAGAAGUAUUGGAGUCGAAGGUAUUCAAAUUGUUCAACACCUGGCUCUGGGUUGGGUGACAAACCAGUAAGAACAUUAACAAAGACAUCUAGCUUGGAACGGGUCAGGACCUUAACAAAAACUCCCAGCUUUAAGCCGGCGAGAACCUUUGCAAAGAAAUGCUCCAAAGUAGCUCUUCGUGCAGAUAUAAAACAUGCACAGAAGGCAACUUGCUCUUCAACCCAGAAGGAUUUAAAGUUUCCGGCUUAUCUCAUGCUUAAUCCUGGGGGAACAGAGUCCGUAGGAACUUCAGCUAUGAAGGUUUGCCCUUAUACCUACUGUUCUCUUAACGGUCACCAUCAUACUCCUUUGCCUCCAUUAAAGUGCUUCAUGUCGGCAAGGAGACGGCAGUUGAAAACCCAGAAGGGUAUGAAACUGGGAGCUCUAUCCCCACGUAGAGGAAAGCCAAUGAGUGACACAACAGAAGAAGACACCAUUGAGCAGAUGAUCUUUGAUGAUAAACCGGCUGUUGGAGAAGGGGAUUUGGGUAACUCUGCAGUCCCUCCUAUAAUACAAGAAGUAGGCAUGGAUUUCUUUAUUGAAAUUUAUGCCAAGAAGACAGAAGACAAUGCUGGAAAUAUUGGAGAAGGCACACAGGAAGGAGAUGAGGAAAUCAUUGAUUUUUCUGGAGAGCUUGAAGAUCUCAAUGACACGAUGUCUUCAGAUGAGUCAUCACAUUAUGAAAUUGAUUGUGAUGACACUCUAGACCAAAGCAGAGGUAUCUCCUUCAUAGACAUGGGCAAUGCAGUCUUUGCUAAAGAAGAUUGUAAGUUCGAGGCGGCAGUUGAAGACUUUCCAUCUUUCCUGCCUCAAGAUGAAAGAGCUCCAGAAUGCAUUGUUGAUGGAUGUGAAUCUGUGUCUGAAACUGCAGAUAUGGAUUGGGAGAGCAGACAACUUUCCGUGUGUCUCAAUAAUAAAGAUGAUGAUUCAAUGCAGUGUGAUGAUGAAACAGAUUUGAAAAGUGGGUAUCUUUUAGAAACUGAGAAUUCUAAUUUGAAUGAUAAGCCCGUCUUCAAACCAGAUGAUGCUGCCAGGAAGUUUUUUGAGGACAUUCCAACUGAAAUACAGGAAGAGCUUGUGGAGGAAGAAAGUGCAAGCUUUGAUGAGGUUGAUGACUAUGAUUCUGUAUCCAGUAGCAUCCACCAGAAUUUGGGGAUUAAGGUGUCCAGCCAAGUCUCCAGCAGUGGAGAACAAGACCGGCAUUUCUCAGAUGAAAAUGCAUUUGAAGAAUUAAAUAAUGAGAUCCCCCAAACAGAGUCUCCAUUCAAUUAUGAUGCAAUUAUUUGCACCGACUUACCAGAGGAAGCUUUGAUGGAUCCACAGGAGAAGCAAUUACUUCAAGAUGAUGAUGGAACUGCAUUGCUUUGGAAUCAACUCUCUUGCAGUCAGGAUGAAACAAAUGAGGGUAAGAAUGAAAGCAAUGUCAUUGUUGGAGCUUUUGAGUCUGAUGCCAUUACUGAGGGAACUAGGAUAAAUGAAGAGGUUCUGGAUGGAAGCCUACUUCCUGUGACUGAGGAUACAGAAACUGAUAAGUCAAUGGCUGUAAGCAGUCUUGGCUGGGAGCAGGAACACCCCAAUGCUGAACAGGUGAAGGAAAAUAAAGAGCAAGAUGACGACACCAAAUCACAAGAUGGAAGACAAAUCCACCAACAAAUCGAAGUUAACCAGCAUGAUGCGAUCAUCAAAGAAAGUCUGUCAAGUGAAAAUUCUGCUCACAACAGGCUUCCUGCUGAAACCCAAGAUGACUUUUCUGAGGAGCAAUUAAAAGGCAGUACAUUUGUUGAAGACUUAAAUGCUUCAGACAAAGAUCGAAAUGAAGUGGAGAAGUUCAAAAUCUCAAGUACCAUGGAAUCUGACGAGCACAGUAUUUCAGGGAUGAACCAAUCCAGUUCCACUGGAUGCACCACUGGAGAUUUUGACAGCAUGGAAGAGCAAGAUACCCAGUUGGAUGCUACAAAUGCAUUCCUCGAAGCAGGCAUGAAAAGAUCAUUCUUCCACACAGGAAGCAAUUCCAACCAAGAACUGCCCAGCACUCGCAAGAAUUUAAAUAUAAGAAAAAAAUGCAAGAGAUCGAUCAAGGAAGAGGAGGAAUUAAGAAAAUUCAAUCCAAGAGAACCAAAUUAUCUGCCUUUGGAGCCUGGCCCAGAAGCAGAGAAGGUUGAUCUCAAGCAUCAAGAGAUGGAUGAUAGGAAAAAUGCAGAGGAAUGGAUGCUUGAUUAUGCACUCCAGAAAACUGUCACCAAACUCGCUCCAGCUCGGAAGAGGAGAGUGGCAUUGCUUGUUGAAGCUUAUGAGAUGGUCAUGCCAACAUCCAAAAUUGAAACUCGUCUGAGGCAAUCAUCAGAAGCUUUUGCUCAUGGACGACCCAUUCAAGCUUGUAGCUAAUGCUGGUUACCAACAUCAUGAUCAGUAGUGUGCAGCUUAGGCAUGAUAUAACCCUAUAUGCUGUUGAACUAGAAGCAAUUCAUAUAGUUAAGGUGAGGCUAAUUUCAUGAAGUAAACUACAGGUUCAGCAGAACAACUGACCUGUUUUCCACCUCUCAUUCAGGACUAGAGGAGACAACGCAUCUGGGUGAUGGUUUCAUGGAGAUUGAACUGUAAAUACAGCGUUUCAGAUUGUCCUAAGCUAUGUGGGUCAAGAGCAGCAUAAGAGGUGUUCACAUCUUUAUGUUCUAUCAAUAAAAUUGUGUUGUAAAAGUUCGUUUUCUUCAAUGUGUGUCUAUGUAGUACAUUCAUUAAGGAUAUUUCUGCCAGAGUACUUAUAUUUUGUUGCAGUUAAUGUUUAAUUGAUAUUGUUUUCAACUUUUUUCUAGUAA